CUCCUGAGCUGCCCGCCCACCCCUCCCCCAACACAUCAGGCAGGGGCUGUGCCCACCCCAGCAGCUCAGACCCCGGAACAGCUAGGCCCACCGAUGCUGCAGCCGACACCAGGAAUGUCGCCUCCUUUGCUGGGUCUCCUUCAUCCUGGGACACCCAUGGGUGCCCCUCAGGGAGUCCUGCAAGGGUCUUUCAGGCACCCCUAGCUGGCAGCUGCAGGUCUCCGGGGCCAGUGCUCUCCCCGACCUGUACUCUGACACACAGCAUUUCCUCCUGGCCUCAAAGAACAGGAGGGAAGCCGAAAAAGAGACAAGCCGAUUCCCUGAGCUCCCUCCACCCUGCACUCCUACCCCACAAGAGGGUUAGCUGGGGCUCACAGCUGGGAAGCUUCAGCUGAUAGCUUCACUUCUCUGAGCCCCAGCCCGACCUCUGAAGUGGGGGCAGUGGGACCCAUCCCGCAGCGGUGUGUCUACGAUGCCCGUGAAGGGCCUGGCACCGGGUUCCUCACUGGGGCAGCCAGGCCAGCAUCAGCUCACAAAGACCACACGUGUGGCUGCACACCACACCUACAUACGCAGCCAGCACCAGCAAACUCACACCUGGACACAAACACUGGGGAACAGAGCCACCACCCCACACUACACCCCAUCAGGGCUCUGUCAGCCCCACGUUAGUGCCCUGCCCCAGACAGGAGCCAUCAGCUGGAGCCAGACCUGCUCUGCCCUUCUAGGAGAACCUUGACAUCAGAGGGCGCCCAGGCUAGGCCCUCAGGGCUGACCCUGCUGGCCCUGCGGAGACUCCAGGCGCCAGGCUGGUCCCCCACUGCCACACCCCUUCACAUUGUGAGCUGGGGAGGUAGAGGCAGGAGGUGAAGCCAGGAAGGAGUCUGCUGUCCACAGCCCACAGACACAGGGGCACCCACGGAGACACGGGCUGGACACACAGGUGCCUGAUUCUCACAGGCAGUGGCUCCUGGCCCAGGCAAUCUGUCCAAUCCAAGUGCUAGAGCCCAAAUCCAGGGCAUCUCACUCCAUGCUGUGGCCGGGUUAACUCUACCUCCUCCUGCCCUGCACCACCCCACUGUGGCCCACAGCACCAGCUCUGGCCCCACCACCAGCACACGCAGGAGCCCCUGGGUCCCAGACGGGCCCAGCAGGGGAGGCUGCAGGACAGCACCAUGCUUGCUUCGGCAGUGGCCUCUCCAGCCCAGCAGCGCCUCUCCUGCCUGUGCCCAGCCAGCCUCUCUCUCCUCCCCCACUCCCGGGAGAGCUGGUCCCCACCAGGUGUGGCCUCCCCCACUGCACUCAGGCUGGGGAGGAAGCUGGGGAGGGUGGAGAGCUGGGGAGGGGCGCCAGGGUUGGGCUGCACCCUCUGGCUCGCUCUCGCUCAGGCCGCACCUGACUGGGAGGGGCCUCAAGCGACAGUAACUUGGCCCCCACCUUGAGCCUGCCAGCCCAGCCGGGAGGGCCGCAUCAUGCAGGGGGCACCCCGUGGGCAGGAUGGGCCGCCAGAGCCACCUCAGAGGCCGAGGUGAGGUGGCAGGGCUGCCGAGCCUGCGGGCGCCAUGGACAAGUUCCGGAUGAUCUUCCAGUUCCUGCAGUCCAACCAGGAGUCCUUCAUGAACGGUGUGUGCGGCAUCAUGGCGCUGGCCAGCGCCCAGAUGUAUUCCGCCUUCGACUUCAACUGCCCCUGCCUGCCGGGCUACAACGCGGCCUACAGUGCGGGCAUCCUGCUGGCACCACCGCUGGUGCUCUUCCUGCUCGGCCUGGUCAUGAACAACAACGUGUCCAUGCUGGCCGAGGAGUGGAAGCGGCCCCUGGGCCGCCGGGCCAAGGACCCUGCCGUCCUGCGCUACAUGUUCUGCUCCAUGGCGCAGCGCGCCCUCAUCGCUCCCGUGGUCUGGGUGGCCGUCACCCUGCUGGACGGCAAGUGCUUUCUCUGCGCCUUCUGCACCGCUGUGCCAGUGGCAGCACUGGGCAACGGCAGCCUGGCGCCCGGCCUGCCCGCUCCUGAGCUCGCCCGCCUGCUGGCCCGGGUGCCCUGCCCAGAGAUCUAUGACGGCGACUGGCUGCUGGCCCGCGAGGUGGCUGUGCGCUACCUGCGCUGCAUCUCCCAGGCGCUGGGCUGGUCCUUUGUGCUGCUGACCACGCUGCUGGCCUUCGUGGUCCGCUCGGUGCGGCCCUGCUUCACGCAGGCAGCUUUCCUCAAGAGCAAGUACUGGUCCCACUACAUUGACAUUGAGCGCAAGCUCUUCGAUGAGACAUGCACGGAGCACGCCAAGGCCUUUGCCAAGGUCUGCAUCCAGCAGUUCUUCGAGGCUGUGAGCCAUGACCUGGAGCUGGGCCAUGCCCACGGGGCCCUGGCCACCGCCACCGCAGCCUCCGGGCCCCACAGCCCGACUGACGGCGCAGGAGAGGAAAAGGACAAGCUUCGAGGCAUCACUGACCAGGGCACCAUGAACAGGCUGCUCACCAGCUGGCACGAGUGCAGGCCACCUCUGCACCUGGGCCAGGAGGAGCCACUGCUGGGCAAUGGCUGGGCGGGGGGCGGGUCCCGGGCCCCACGCAGGGAAGUGGCCACCUACCUCAGCAGAGUGUGACCCUGGAGCCACACAGAACAAAGGCUCCCGGCAGCCCCCAU